ACUUGGUACGGACUCGCACGCGCCGUCGUCGGCCGGUCGAGAGAGACGGCGCGAGUCGUGGACACGAGGCCGUCGAGCCCUCGCGCAAAGGGACACAGGACAGACGUUCUCGGACAUCGGGCGAGAGCGGGCGGCCGGCCGCGCACCUGCCUCGCACCGCUCCGCACGCGACGUACUACGCUACGAUAAUCACAAACAACAAUAGUCUAUUUCAAAUAAAAUUAUAUCGUUUUGUUUUAGUAUUGCAAAUUUUAUCACAGUUCAGAAAAUUAUUUGGACGAUCUUCGGGACGAGUUUUGGAAAAUUUUCAUUAUAGAGACAAAGUGGUGAAAAUAUUGACACACGUGAAAAUCAAACUAUUAUAGAAUACAAGUGUUAAAACUUAAAAUUAAUUCCUCAAACAGUGCGGAAAGAUUAUAGUACACUGGGACGUUAAUACGAGUGUUGAUAAGACUGAUGACCGGUCAAAACUGGAGGAAAUUUUUUGGAAAUUGUGAACUGAUUCGUCGCACCAUGAAAAGAAAAAAGUAGAAGUGGAAAGUCGGUAUGAAGAAAUUGAGGAGAUGACUAUUAUCAGUUUAUGUUGUAUCCGUCGGACUUUAGUUGAGGAUUAGUAUGACACCUCGACCUUUAUUAUCAAAAACGUUUUGAGAGUGGGACGAUAAGUCGCCGGGCCGACGGCGGCACAUGUGAAGUGCUAACACGCUGAUAACGAGAUAUCGAGAUAAAGAUUUUUCUGAGGAUAGCGAAGUUGUUGAAGAUCUAAAAAUAGGUGACCAAAUCAAGAUGAGAAUCAAGAUGCCAGCUGUACGCAUCGCGCAAGCGGAUGCGGACAGCGCGGCAGAAGGCGGGGGGUCGCCCACACCCGGCGUCCCUGCGGACACGCUCACCUGUGGGGCGUGCCGCAGAGCAUUCGCCCUGGCAGAUAUCGUGCGGUUCAUCCAGCACAAAGUCUCCUCCUGUGAUAAGGACCUAUCGUCCUACCACUGCUAUAGCGCCGGUCCAAAUUCAGAUCAAGAAGAUGGAUCAAGACCAGGACAAGUGGCAACUGGUAACUCUAGUGGGCGAAGACCCUCGCUGCUUACAGCCAGAAGGCCUCCAAGCAGUAGAGUACACACUCCACCGCUGGCCAGCCCCUCGAUAGCUCCGCCUGAUCUGCUGGAAGAUGGCGGUGCUUCGAGUACACCUAAACGGCUAUUAGAUGAAGCCGACCCUGGGGUUUCAACGCCUAAAAGAAGAGCAUCAACAUCACCAAUGCCUUCAAGUUCCCCUGACGAAGAUAUCAAACCGAAGAUCAAACAAGAACACAUGGAUACCACGGGUUCUCCUGAAGAUCAUAAGAAAUCCAGAACUGAAGUAGCUGACGCUGAAUCUAACACAAUGCAUAGUGAACCGAGUAAUUACGUCUGCUCUACGUGCAAGGCGCGCGUGCACUCUGCCUGGCGAUUGGUUCAGCACGUGCAACACGUCCACGGCGUAAAGAUUUACGUGGAGAGCAUGCCGCAGCAGCUGCCGAGCAAACAAAACCAUUCAUCAUCGAGCACUUCCUCGUCGAGCUCAGGUUGCUCGUCCACUGGUGCGCCUCUCCCACCACCUUCAUUGCGUCAUCACCCCCUGUUACCGCCACCAGACAUGCAUUCGCCGUUCGGAGUAGGAGGCCUACUACGGAUGCCUUUACCAGGCAGUUUACCACCACUAGCUCAUCCAUCGGUGCCCCCGACUCCCCUCUUUGCACGACCAAACCAUCACGAUCACAGAUUUCGAAUGGAACAACUAGUUUCAGAACAAUUUCGACACCAUGGACUGAACUUAGCCGCAGCAGCCGCCGCUGUUGCGGCCAAUUCUCUCCCUCCACAUCAAGCCUUUCCCUCUCCAGCGGACAGGCCACCCGUAGUUCCAACCUCUCUCACGGGUCGGGACAGACAGCCUCCCGUAUCACAACCCCUUUCACUAGAACCCCAGCUGGAUUUUUACUCGCAGCGCUUGCGGCAACUGGCCGGUACGACCAGUCCAGGGGCGGCCACAGGCAAUUCGAGCUCUCCUAGCCCCAGGAAGCAUUCGCCUCCGUUCGCUUCCCCGUCGCCCUCCCGAGUCGGCCAGACUCCACCGGCGGGCGCCGGACCCGGAACGGUGGACACCCCUCGAGAAGCCAUUAAACCUCACAGUUCGAUAUCACCCGAGCGACGUAUUGAACCACAGACUGCAGAUGCACCGCCUCCCGAACGACCGUCAUCGACACCACCUGCCAAAAGAAACAAUAAUGAAGCCAUUCAUACUUGCGAAUUCUGUGGGAAGAAAUACCGAUUUGAAAAUAGUCUAAUGGUUCAUCGGCGCACCCAUACUGGUGAGAAACCUUUUAAAUGCAAUCAAUGUGAUGAAGCUUUUGAUAAGAAUUCAAAGUUAAAAAAACAUUUGAAAAUCCACCGAGGAGCUGACGCUAACACUGAAGAGAAUGAAUCUGCUGGUGAGACUGGAGACGACGAUACCGAAGAUGAGUUAGACGAUGAGGAAAUGGACGGUGAAGAAGAAGAAGAUAACGAAGAUGGAGAGGAUGUUGAAGAAGCUGAGGAUUUAACAGUUUCAAAUAGCAGUGCUCCUUCUGCUCAGCCUCGAAAACAAGCAUCAGCAAUACCAGCACAUCCUCCCUCCGCAUCAGUUGUUGGAGAACUAAUGGACAAAUUCGGUUUAUCUAACAUUGCUCAAUAUAGUGAAGCGUUUAAACAAGCACUUCAAGAAUCGGGAAAUUCGCUCAAAUGGCAAUUAGCAAAAGAUCGGGAUAACAACAAUGGCCCACUUCCUGAAAAACCUAAUGGUAUGCCUCCUGCUUUACGAUUAAAGGAGGAAUUCGCUAAGAUGCCUCCUCAGCCGCAUCCUUUAUUCAACCCCUUUGAAAAUCCAUUCGAAGCUUCUAAACGAAUGAAAUUGGAUAUGGAAAGGAAUGAAGGAUGGUGGUUACCGACUUUACAUGCACAACGACCACCUGACAAUAUAUUUGAUGGGUUGAAGAACAGUGGCAAUGGUUUGCUUCAGAACCCUCUCCUAAAAUCUAAAGAGGGGCGUCGCAACGACACGUGUGAAUUUUGUGGGAAAGUAUUCAAGAACUGCUCAAACCUCACGGUUCAUCGCCGAUCUCAUACUGGCGAGAAACCGUACAAAUGUGAACUAUGUUCCUACGCAUGUGCUCAGAGCUCCAAACUGACAAGGCAUAUGAAAACUCACGGUAGACUGGGCAAAGACGUGUACCGCUGCAGGUUCUGUGAGAUGCCUUUCUCAGUACCAUCAACGCUCGAGAAGCAUAUGCGUAAGUGUGUUGUGAAUCAAAGUAAUGGUGCUGCACUUGCUUUAUCCGAUGACUCUAACGCGUGUCGUGAUGAGGCCUCGUGACUCUACCCGUGGGGUGGCCUUCGCCUGCCACCGCCCCCGCCACCCAGCCAGAUCUUCUAGGUCUAAACUUGAUAAAAUGUUUCAUCGCCAGUACCUCUUAAAGUAAGUAAACUUAGAUAUACACAACGCACGACCAUUGCGUAUCUAACGCGUCUCCUAGAAGUAGUUCCAAAAUAUAAGAAACUGUUCGCAGGCGUUCCUUUUAUUGUAAAUCAUACACGUGUACGCGCGUGCUUAAUGUGACAUUCUACAGUCUUUUGCGUCGGUGUCGUCGUGCUUUGUGUCCGUCUAAGAUUCAGAUGAGGCAUGUCCUUAGAGCGCGCCUCAUACAAACGAAGUUUGAUUCUUAUUUGAAUACUGAGCAACAAACCCAAUAAGAUUUUGUAGACAAGUUCUGUGGUUUAUCAAAUUUCCAUAAAAUAUGUGAAUACUUUGCGGCUCCAAAAUUUUCAUACAAAUCUUUCGACCUGUAUGACUUUGAAACUAAAAUUUUAUACGGAAAUCUGACAAGCCACAGACACUGUUCUUAAUUUGUAGAGUUUUGAGUUUGAUUGCUAAAAUAGUCAAAUCUUUAGUACGAGGUGUGCUCGAAGGACACUCCUCUUAACGCAUAUCGAUCGCGUUUAGGGGUCGGCAUUUGUUCAAUUUCUAGUCUUAAGGAAUAAAUUGUGGCGAAAUUAAUAUUUAAUAUACCCAUUGCAAUAUGAGCCCAAAAAUCCUAGCAUUCAAGGGCAUUAAUUUAAAUGAUAGAUACCUAGUGACAUAUCUUUCGUGUGAGCCAGUGUUGAGCAUACCCGUUGCGUUGUUGGUGUUAGUUCGUGAGAGUUUUUGGUUAUUUUCUUUGGAGGCUGUACUAUGAUCUUUACGUUACGUAUUAUCUAACUUGUUUUGUCAUGUUUUAUUGAUUGUAUAAAGGAAACCAAUGCCAAAGUUAGCUACGUUGAUUUACCCAGUAGAACGUUUAGUUGUUAAGCUGUAUAGUGUCAAUUAAACCGGUUUUUUCAGUAUUUCUAAGAUCUUCAUAGCAUUACGUGUAUUUGGGUUGUAACUUUGUAAGUUGUUUCGUAAUUCUAGGAUAUUAUGUACAAUAUAAAUCAAAUGUUUCCUAUUCUAGUUAAAACAUGUAAAUACAAUCGCUGUAAGUGUAUUAUGUAAAUCGAGUACCUACCUUUUGAUGUUCAUAUUAAUUAUAGACAACAAUAAUUCGCAAAUUAUAAAUUACUUUUCGGCAAGAACGGUGAGUUUCCUGUAAUCGAUAAUUUAGCAUUGUAGAAAUCAAAAUUGGAAUCGUUUUUAAUGGUAGAUGUUAUUACCAUCAAGGUACUUUGGUCCUUACUAAUAAAAAUUUACACAUUUCUUAUACAUGGCUUAUUAAAUGUACUUUGGCCCUUACUUAGGCAAACACACUAUUUAUAUAUGACUUAUAUAUAUACAUUUAUGUUAUUAUACAUUAGAUUUGUAUAAGACACGCAUAAGCAGUGUGUUUUCUUUUAAUAAGGGCCUUUGAUUUUACGACUGAAAUGUGAAUAAGCCAUUUAUAAGUAGCAAUUAAGUAGAUUAUUAUUAGUGAGGACCUUUAUAUUUAACUAGUGUUUAAAUUUAUUAAAUAAAAUAAAAAUAUCUUGUGAGGCAUUUUGAUCUUCAUUUCCAAGCUUUUGUUUCUCGAGAAUGGAAGCAUGUUAUUUUAUUAAGACUGAAAAAUAUUCCAGUUUUGUUUUUAUUGAUGAAAUGUUUUCUUGUGAUUCGUGGAAGACCUAUCACUCGUACCUUUAGUCCAAGUGUGAACUCUUUCAGUAUACGUACUUAAUGUAAAUUAUGAUAGAAUUUAUAUUAGAUAAUUAUAAGUAAAUUAUAAUAGAAAUAACUCCAUUUUGUCUCCUGAAUCGAUCUCCUUCAUCCGUUUCCAGUUUUCUUUUAGGACUAGGACCUCUUCAGAAGUUGUAUCUUUGCAAAUAGAUUCAAAAUCUAGACAGGACCUAGUUAGUAGUUUUUUUGAUAUUGUAUUGACAUAUUCCACGCUAAAAUAGCUACUGCAGUUAUUUUGUUAUGCUUUUUGUGAGGUUUUUUAUUUCAUCUUUUUAAUUCGUCUAUCAAACUAUAGUCUGACUCAAAAUUUGAACGAUUUGCCACGACGCAAAACCCGCUGAAGUAAACUGCAUGAAAAUAAGCGCAAGAAUCAUUUUAUCCCGCACUACUACUACAAGAAUCAUGCUAUUUCGUUUCACAUUUUACAAGAUUAAUUUCAAGAAUCAGCAGGAAUCAUACUAUUUCCAGUUAGAAACUGUAUGAUUCUUGUUCACGUUGAAUUACGUGGUGUCGUGGUAAACCGUUCAGUUUUUUUUUCUAAUAAGUACGAUUUAAGUUUAAUGAUCGUCUGUUACUUAUAGGAUUUUUGAUACCUAAUUUCUUUUAACGAUUUGUGAUUUUAUUCGAUCUUUACCUCCCUACGAUACGGUAGUAGUAGUUAUACUAGUACAAAUACUUUAAAAAUAAUUGAAAAUCCUGUUUUUAUAAAUAUUAACUCGCAGUUGUAACUUUAAAAUUGUACUUACAUCGUAGACGAGGUGAAGUUCUGAUAAGGAUUAUGACUUGGGUCGACAAAAUGGGUAUGGUAAUAGUAAAACAAAAUAAAUUACUAAGACAAAUUUUAUUGUGUAAUUAUUGCCUACGUGAAAGAAGAACUGUUUUUAUUAUUUUUCAUUUUUAUUAUUUUUAUUUCAAUAAAUAUCCACGAUUUGUUAAU